AUGGAUGAACAGUUUUUUUAUAAAAUCGUCGCAAAUCCUGAAGCAAAGGUAUCGCAUUCUCAUAGAUUUGGAUAUGGAAACUUGGACCAAAGGAGAUGGCAGAAAAAACACAAUCAUUGUGGCGGUAAAAUGCAAUCGCCAAUUGCAAUUUACACAAGACGAUCGAUACCUUUAAGGAUGCCUGCCCUAGAAAUGGUGGGCUAUAGAAACCCUUUGCCUGGUCCUUUGAAGAUUACAAAUAAUGGACAUUCUGUGUCUUUAAGCAUUCCUACAUUGGAGAAACCUCAACUCGAAUUUGGUAGAUUGCCGUAUAUAUUUGGAGCUAGAUUAGAACAUGAGUACGAAUUCGAGGGUCUGCAUUUCCACUGGGGUGAACGAAAUAGCAGAGGCAGCGAACACGUAUUGAAUGAUAUUAGAUAUCCAUUGGAAAUGCAUAUUAUUCAUCGUAAUAUAAAAUACUCGAACGUGGCGGAGGCUUUAAAUCAUGCUGAUGGUCUGACUGUUUUGGCUUUCUUCUAUCAAUUAAAAGAAAAAGAAUCUAAGGAAUUGUCCCAUAUAGUACGAAACUUCGAGCUGAUUGAGCAGUCUGAUACUAAUACUGCAUUGAACUAUACAUUCUCACUAGCAUCUUUACUGCCGGAAGAUUUGGACAGAUUCUAUACAUAUAAAGGAUCAUUAACUACACCUCCUUGUUCAGAAGCUGUGACAUGGAUUGUUUUUCCAGAUACUUUGUCUAUUUCAGUAUUCCAGAUGCAGAAGUUCAGACAAUUGUCCAAUGGACUCGAAGACUCAUUGCUGGUAGAUAACUUUAGACAUCUACAACCUUUGAAUAAUAGACGUGUUUUCGUCAGAAAAUUGAAUACAAGAAAAGUCAAAGUGGAAACAUUUAAUGAAACUUAUCAUUAUUCAAAAUGGGAUUGGCUAGUGCCAUCACAUCACUAA